GUCAAUCCAUAAGAAUUCCAAUGCCUCAUUCACUAGCUGCGGGGGCUCUGCCGCGUUUCGCCACCGUUCUCUCGGCGGCGAAGCAGCCACGACUCAGACCAAACCCUAAACCCCAGAAUGUUAAGCAAAAGAUAACCACUACCAAUCCCAGCGUACCACCGGCCACCGUCAAGAAAACAACGUCAGGCUUUAACAGUAGGAAUAAAGAACCAACGUGGCAGUGCGUGCAGUAUUGUGGUGCAUGCUGUAAACUUGAUAAAGGCCCCAACUUUCCUUCCCCUGAAGAAAUUUUUGAUGACCCUUCUGAUAUUGAGUUAUUCAACAGCAUGGUGGGAUCUGACGGAUGGUGCAUACAUUUGGAGAAGAGCACAAGAAAAUGCUCCAUUUAUGCAGAUCGUCCAUAUUUUUGUCGGGUGGAACCAGCCAUCUUUGAGACACUGUAUGGGAUUGAAGAGAAAAAGUUCAACAAAGAAGCUUGCAGUUCUUGCGUAGACACAAUUAAAGCGAUAUAUGGAUCAAGCUCAAAAGAGUUGGAGAAUUACAAUGCUGCAGUAUGGAGUUCAACUUAGCUCUGCAUUCCGUUUCCUACGGUUGCUUCUAUUUUCCUUUGGUGCACUAGGUUUUAUUUCAAGGUGCUCAAGUGACCAGGUGUUCUUUUUACUGUCUUCACGGAUACCAAAUUUUCGGUAUAAUUCUCUUUCCUCUUUUUGGAUGUGCGUGACAGCGGUAUUUCAUCAGGUGAAUCAUUUUGGUGGUUUUUCCUUUCGAUCAGUGGUUGCAGCCCAUUGCAGUGGCUAGGCAGAUCGAUGAAUCAGUUAUAGUUGUCAGAUAAUAUAAUGUUCUUUCCUGAACAGUUCUAUGCUUGCAGAAUGAACUGGUGCGCUGCAAUUGAAUCUGGAAUACUCGAAAUCUGAUGUAAAGCACAAAUCAAAGACUUGGAGACUUUUCGGUAGAAGAUAUAAUAUGCAACUUAUUAGUAAGUGAGAUAAAUAUAGACUGUAGAUGUUGGUGAGUUAGCACGGGAUCUUCUCUAUAGAAUUGUAGAAUAUAAGGAUACAGUAGCGUCUACGAGUAGACACCUAUGUUUGUAAUGUCAGAUUUCAUUGUAUGGCCAAUUUUCACCAGAUUUUUUGUUGUAACAUAUUAUAAUUUUAUUCAUCUUUGUGUCCUUAAGUU